UCUUAUAAAAUCUUCCUCAUUUUCAUUUCCAAAACACUCCAACUUUUUUUAAAUACACACAAUGCUAUCUAGAGCAAAUAGUGUUGUUUGGAUGGAUGAUACUAAUGAAAAACAUACUCAAACAAAUAACAACAACAAUGAAGUUGAUGAAGUAAACACUUUCAAAUCCAUGCUUGAAGUUGAUCAUGAAGAAAAUAACCACACCAACACUUGGUUUUUGCAACAACAAAACAUCACUCACAACAACAGCAACAAUAAUUUGUUGUUACAACAACUUGAUUCUACUUCAUCUUGUUCACCAAAUUCAUCUUUUCAAAAUCAUUUCUUUUUACCACCACCAAAGCCCAUUUUAGGCCCACUUUUCAACAAUCCAAGCAAUCCUUUACUAGACGAAACCUUUGAACAACUUGGGUAUGGCAAUAAUGGAAAUAAUGGGAAUGGAUUUCUUGGAAUCAACCUUGGGAAUGGCUUUUGUGACAUGGGUAUUUCACAAGAUCCAAACUUUUUAAAUACCCAUUUGCUACAACUAUCUGGAACCGGGUUCGGGUUACCAGGGUAUCCAUUUUCUGAAGAUGGGUCGGUUUUAAACAGGUCAAAAAUACUUAAGCCUUUAGAUAAUUUUGCUUCGGUUGGAGCACCACCAACUUUGUUUCAAAAAAGGGCUUUGAAAAGAAACUUAAGUGAUUUUUCCGGCGCCGGUGCCGGAGACGGUGCCGGAAAAAGGAAGAAAAGUGGCGGUGGAAGCUGGGAAGAUGUUGAUAACUUGAGUAUGGAUAAUGGGUCUGGAUUGAAUUAUGAUUCUGAUGAAUUUACUAUUAAUGAUUUUGAAGAAAAUGGGAUUAAAUUUAGUGGUGGAAAUAGUUCUAAUGGUAAUAGUACUGUCACCGGCGCCGGAGCCUCUGUGGCCGGCGGUGAUGGUGGUGGAAAAGGGAAGAAGAAAGGGUUGCCGGCGAAGAAUUUAAUGGCGGAGAGACGCCGGAGAAAGAAAUUGAAUGAUAGGCUUUAUAUGCUUAGGUCUGUUGUGCCUAAAAUAAGCAAGAUGGAUAGAGCAUCAAUUCUUGGAGAUGCAAUUGAGUAUCUAAAAGAGCUUCUUCAAAAGAUCAAUGACUUAAACCAUGAACUUGAAGCAACCCCAUCAAGUUCAGCAUUGACACCCACCGGGGCCGCCACGAUGGCAGCUGCCGCCACCGGUUUUUACCCUCUAACCCCAACUCCCACCAGUCUCCCUACAAGAAUCAAAGAAGAACUCUGCCCCACAACCAUCCCUAGCCCAACUGGCCAGCCUGCAAGAGUUGAAGUGAGGCAGAGGGAAGGAAGAGCAGUGAAUAUACAUAUGUUUUGUAGUAGGAGGCCUGGUUUGCUGUUGUCAACUAUGAGGGCUAUUGAUAAUCUUGGUUUAGACAUUCAACAAGCAGUGAUUAGCUGCUUUAAUGGAUUCGCUCUUGAUGUUUUUCGAGCUGAGCAAUGCAAAGAAGGGCAAGAUGUUCAUCCUGAUCAAGUUAAAGCGGUGCUGCUGGAGUCUGCUGGUUACCAUGGUGUCGCUUAAUUGGAUCUGAAGUGAAGUCGGGAGGUUCAGUAAUAUUGGUUCAUGGUGUUUAGUUUCUGGAAGUAGUAUAGCUUUUGAUAUGAAGGCUAUUUUCGUUGUCGUUUUAGUUAGUUUGAUAGUGAUACUGGCUAGAUCUGCAUAUCAUACAAGGCAUUUUGGAUUUUAGUCGUUUA